AUUCUUAAAACUUUCUUGUCAUGUGAACGAUAUGAUAGCAAAAGCGGAAACAAAAACACACAAUCGUGAGACAGUGCCGCCUCCUGAAAGUGCAACCGGCAUUGUCAGCAAGCGAAAUUCUAAAAAGGACGAAUUUGAUUUUAAUAGUUUGGCCGAUAAUCCUUUAGUCAACGAGUUGCUGCAGCUGAAGCGCCCACAACGCUUGCGUGAGGACAGCAGUAGCCGCUCAAGUUUGCUACUCCAUGAGCAUAAAUCAACCAUACGCAGCACACAUGUGCAUGCCGGACGUGGCUUGCAUCCGAAGCUAAGCGAGCAGCUCGACUAUGUUAUCAAUGAGGGCGUUUUGGACUCUGUGCUGUCGUUCAUAUGUCCACUGCCGUUGCCCACACCGCUGGCCAUGAACAGCGCACGCGUCAAGUCGGCUAAGCCGCUGCCCAAGCCGGAACCAGCAGCACCCGCUGCUAAGCCUAUGCAAGAAACGGCGUCGGUGUCCAAUACGCCCAGCAACAGUUCGCUUAGCGAAUCGCAUAGUGGCUCUAGUUCCAGUGGCAUGAUGCGUGCUCUGGUCAAGGAGCCCAGCACCAAACAGGCACAAGCGACUAGACGGAAAUCCUUGCUGCUGGUCAAGGACAGCAAGCAUGCGCGUCAGGAGAAAAAGGAGCCCGAGGUUAUAAUACAUGUCUGCGAUGAGGUGAAGAACACAUCGCGUGACUUUAGCUGCCCGCAGAGUUUGCUAGUCAGCAAAAUGGGUUACUUUGCGGAUGUGACCGCUGGCCAGCGACUGGAGGAGAUGGACAUUUCAGUGCACUGCGACAUACAGAUCUUUGACUGGUUAAUGAAGUGGAUUAAGCACAGUGCACACUGCUCGGAGGCAUUGCAGGCGCCGGGCCAGAGUCAUGUGGCUGCAGGUCCACAGCUAGAUGGCAACAAUGUUGUGCCCAUUUUAGUCUCGGCAAGCUUUUUGCAAAUGGAGCCACUGCUGCUGGAAUGCCUAGCCUUUUGUCACGCACAUCUCAGUGAGGUGGUGCUCACCUCUACUAAUUUGUCCUGUUUAAACGAUGCGUUGGUCUCGCGCCUGGCGGCCAUGUUUACCAAUCUCGAGCUGGAAAUGGUGCGUGACAAAAAGGAGCGCGUAACGCCACGCCUCUGGACCAAGCUCAUACAGAGCCUUUGCGAACCGGAUCCAGAGGUGCUGCGUGGCCACUUCUACAGCAUUGCAGGUCUCUUUCGUUGUGUGCGCUGCUUUAGCUGUGUGACCAACACCAUGAAAUCUUUUGUAAACUGCGUGCCCAGCAGUAUAAGACUCAAUCGUUGGGGACAAUUGAUAAGCACGCAUGUGCGGGAUAAUAACUGGGAUGUCAAUGUGUAUGUUAUGCAGCUGUUCAAGGAGCUCAAGUCGUGGCGCAAGGUCUAUUGGAAGCUAUGGGGUCAUUGUCACUAUCUCUAUUGCUGCACCUGUGAAGUGCACUUUCCCGUUUAUCAAAUGAACUGGUGUCGCUUUCAUCCCGAACCGCCCAACUUCUUGGGCCCCGUAACCGAGGGACGCAUUGCUGGACCCGCUGGGCGCUAUGCUUGCUGCAAUCAGCAGGCAUUCCGCUAUGAGACGCUGCCAGGACCAAAUGGCUGUCAGUUUAGAGAGCAUAGCGUGCUGGUGGAGACGGACAGAGAGCGCGCCAUACUGGCCAUAGCUCAGCUAGUGGCUGAAAAUUAUGCCCUGUGCGAACAGGUGCCUUUACGCAUACAGGAGCUAGCUGCUGCAGGCGAGAUAAAUCCCAAUUGGUUGGGCAUCUCGUUGACGCCGCAACGUUGCCGCCAGGGUCUGCUGCCGCAGCUCUGCAUGGACAUGACAAAUCAUCGCGUAAGCCGACGCUGUCGCUAUGAAAUUGACAGCAGCAGCGAUUCGGAGACCACAUCCACCAGCGAGGAGGAGGCACGAAGUCUCCGUGCAAGAGCGAGAAAUGCACAGCAUGCUAAUGAAUUUAGUUCCAGCAGCGAUGGCUGUGAAUCAGAUCAUCGGCCGCCGCCACGCAAGGCACGUGGCAAGCAAAAGCGCAAGCGUCCCACUGCCGUCUCAGGCCGCUUUUGGUCGGGUGAACUGUCGGCGCGCAGCAAUCAGGAUCAUCAGCGUGACUUUGAGGAGAAAAUUAUGAAACAAGUGGCCACUUAUGUGACAAAGAAAACUGGCUCCGACCAGAGCUUGGUGCAAAAUGCGCUACCGUUGGGCGGCACGUAUGUGCGCUUGGAGUCCGAGUGGCGCGAGUUGCUCAAGCAGCGUCAUAGUAAUCACAAUAUGGGCAACAGCAAUGCAACUGGCACUGGCAACACUCUGAGCAGCAAUAGCAGCAGCGUACAGAACCUUUAUGCGGGCAUGGGUGCCACAGUUGGUGGCAUGGCUUGUGGCUCUGUGGCCUCGCUGAUGUCCAAGCAAAAGCACAAGUAGACAAAGUUUAUGUAGCAACAAUAUUUAGCGAUAAAUUACUAGUCAAAUUGAUUUUUAUCCACUGUGCAACGAAAUAAAAAAAGCAGAGUGUAGUUAAUGCUAAAAAUAGUUCAACUGUACAGUAAACGCUCGU